AUGAAUCACAAGAUAAUUUUAUUAGUAACUUAUGAUAAAAAAUCACAAACAGCUAAUAUAAAAGAAUUACUCUGCCUAGAUGAGAUAUCAGAAGUUGAAGAAAACAGUGAUGAUGAAAAUAUUGAGAAUUUAGGACCACUAUAUCUAAUCACACCAGAAAUAGUUUUUAGUAACUGGAAAAAAGUUGAUGAGUAA